AUGAGUUAUGUCACCCGCUUAUUUCCGCCCUAUUAUAAAUAUGCCGUAUUCGUAUUCGUCGGAUUCCAAUUCCUCUACUGCGCAUUUGUUCUCGCUAUCAGUGAGGCAUAUUACAAAUCUGCGGCUUUGAUCCUACCUAUUGCCUAUCGAAUGUUCGACGAUACUGUAAAGAAAAAUGUGCCCGGAUUCGAUUGGUCACCCGAAGAGCAACAUCAACUAGAAAUGUACAAGUAUAAGAUGUUGGUGUUGUGGGUGGUAUCAACAGUGGGCGUUUUGCUUUGUAUGCUUAUCGUCAUUCCGCAAUUCUUUGAUUUCAACGAUAAACGUGGAAAUCCAAGCCAUCUCUGUCUGGUUCAUAAACGACUGGCAUGGUUGCUUUUCUUCAUUAUGGCAGUAUUCGUGACAAUCAUGUGUCUGGCAGUGUUGUGGGCAUGGUAUGGUGGAGGAGCAGCGUCGAGAUCAUUCCACGAACAUUUUGCAGCUGCUGAGAAGGAGGAAGUCUUCCUGACGGAACUUGAAGAAAGCUUCGACUGCACAAAUGAUGAUGACAAGGAGGUGGCUGAUGAGCAUAGAUGCUGGCAAAACGUUGCAAUCAGUUUUGUCAACGAUUUCUGGCUGGACUUAUUACUGUACGUCUACAUUGCCGGCAACAUACUCGCCUUUCUUGCCAUUCCAUUCUUCAACAAAUUGUUAAUCAAAUCCGAUGACGACUACGCCGAUGAUAAGCUGAUUGACGCCUAA